AUGCUGAUGAAACAUACAAUUUCAACGACAUGAGGCAGUCCGAUUCUUGCCAUGCUCUCAUGAAUUUAGCGGCUGGCAUGGCUUGGGUCUCAUCUUGUGUGCCCAUGUGACGUGAAUGUAGAGCAAGCUAUCGAUAAACUACUUAUCUCUACAGUGAUUAGCAUGGAAGUCGUUCACGCAUCGAGCUUGCCACCAUGGAUACUUUUCUCCUUAGUGCUUUUAACUACACAUACACUUGCUGUAAAUAAUUCCAUUCGCCUUUAUGGAGGAUAUUCGGACAAAGACGGCGUGGUUCAUGUCAACGUGUUAGGUGUAUGGAAAGCCAUCUGUAGCGACGAAUGGGACGCACUCGAUGCCAUGGUCACGUGUAGGCAACUUGGAUUUACUGAAGGAUAUUCAAUGUUCUCGGAAGAAAAGAAAUCUCAUUCACAUUACUAUUACGAACAGACUGAGCCACCGUCAUCCACAUUUCCAAUUGGAGGAAACCAUUUUGCUUGCAAUGGAAAUGAGAAGACACUUCUAUCCUGCAACCAUUCGGCAAAUAUUUAUUGCACAAAAUUAGCUACAGCUGCCUGUGAUAUUACAGAUGUCACUUACGGCGAAGUUCUGUCAAAUGUGAAUCCAUACGGGGAUACAGGCGUAUUCCAAUAUACUAUUAACACUUCUGAUGGUAAGUCCCAUGGCCUGGUACUAGCAACAUCCAGCCUCAGUUAUGAUCACAUAUUUCCGACAGGUGGUAUAUGCGACAUGGACCAACUAGCGGCAAUGAGGAUAUGUGAACGACAUGGAUAUUCUAAUGGGGGAGAGAGAAUCAAAGUAGAUUCCCCAGAAGGCCUUCCAAUACUAAUCAGCAAGGUAUCAUGUAACAAUCGUCACGGCUGGGGAUUAGACGGUUGUGAUACAGAGAUAACACAAACCGGUGCCUGUCCGCAAGGAAUCAAAUACAAUGGGGUGACUUGUUAUAAAGAUGUGAGACCGUAUGUCAUUGGUGCUUUACUUUUCGCUGGUGUUUCUUCUGUUUUCAUCUUCCUUGUCGGUGCAAGUAACCAUUCUAUUCGGUUGAGUGAUGGGGGAUCUCUAAGCAAAGGAUACGUUCAAGUCAAUGUCUCAGGUGUAUGGAAAGGCAUUUGUAGCGACGGAUGGGACGCGCUCGAUGCUUUGGUCACGUGUAGACAACUUGGUUUCACUGAAGAUUAUGCUUUACUUUUUGAAUCAUCUGGAUUCGGGUACUUUACACCCGACCCAUACGACAGAAAAGUUUAUUGCGGAACGGAUUUCGCUUGCAAUGGAAACGAGGAAACACUGUUAUCCUGCAAGUAUACAAAAUACAGCUCUUUUUGCACACGACCAGCUGGUGUAGCCUGUGGUGUCACAAAAAUCAAAUAUGAUGAGAUCCUGGCCAAGGUAUAUAGUCACAACCGUCCUGAGUUUUCCUUUUCUUCAGAAGGUAAAUCAGAAUACCGAGUAUUAUCCGACUCUGGAAGGAGCUCUGACAACAUAAUUCUGACUGGUGGCGUAUGUGACAUGGACGACCAUGCAGCAAUGACGGUAUGCCGUAAUCAGGGCUUCAUCAACGGGGGAAAGAAAACCAAGCUGGCAACAAUAAAAGGACUACCAAUGAUGAUAAGCAAAAUAACGUGUCGUGUCAGUGAUAGAGUAAGAUAUAUCUUCUACUGCGACCACGAGUUUACAUCAACCGGUGUUUGUCCACAGGGAAUUAAAUACAACGGGGUGCAUUGCUAUACCACACCGGCGCCAUCCGUCCUUGGGGCCUUGAUUUUCUCCGCUCUUGCAUCGCUACUUAUCGUAAUUGCUGCUGUGUGGGGGAUACAUUGGAUCCAGAAAGAUCGAAAACCUGCUGGUGAUUCUGUAAAUGUAUUCGUGAAUGAGUAUGACGACGAUGAUCUGGCCAGGACGACACCAUAACUCCAUCUGUCACUACACACACGCACACACCACCACACACAUUUUUCAUCAUGUCUUUGUGCGCCCGAAAAAAAACCAGAAACCGAAAUAUGUCGAUGAUUUAUCAUAAUCUAAUCACAAAAAAUGAUGACCUAACACGGUAAAGCUUAGAAUAUCUUCUUUCGUGUGGUAUAGUUCAACAGGUUCCUUAUUCAUGCAUGAGUGGGCAAAAUUAUCUGAAGAAAGGACACCAAAAAGUCGCUUGGCAGGCGGUAUCUGAGUUUAAAAAGGAAAUCAUAGGUCUAAAGUGUUCAGUAUCUGCUCUUUAAUUUGAUACCUCAAUCACCAAAAUUGGUGAAAUAUAACCAAGUUUUGUUUAUCUGAAGUAAACGAAACUUGAAUUUCAAUAAUAGUAUAAAAUGAAGAUGCUUUACAGGCGAGAUGUCAGACUUGCUCAACACUCCAAAAGAGACACCAUGCAAAAUACAAAACCCCAACCACAAACGUAUCUGUCUCUUACCUGCAAAACGUGAAACCAAAUUCGCUUGCCAAAGUGUAGAACGAAUAGGUAUAACAAUAUAUUUAUUCCAUGGUGCUUACAUAAAUUGCAAUGAUGAUUUAUGUUUUGUUUCAAAUUCUUGUUUUUGUUUGGACUGAGUUAAUAAUGGCAAUAUUAUGGGCAUGCAAUUUAAUUCUUGAUUUUAUAUAUGUAGGUCUAUGUGUUCGUGUUUUUUAAUGAAUAAUACUAAUAAUUUCUAUAAUUUAGAUGUUUUUAAGAUACUUUCUAUUAUGAUGUUUAUUCAUUUUAAACAUAUAAUUUAUCAAUCUUUAAAUUCAUAAUUGUCAACCAUUUUUAUUUGUACAUAAUCCAACCUUGUAUACGGUUGCAAUAAAGAUUAUUGAAUUUUUUUUUUUUGUGAUUAAGCUACGCUAGCUGAUAAAUCAUCGAAGAAUCUCGGUUUCGUUGUUUUUUUUGUGUGGGACGCACUGUAUAUUUAAUCAAAAAUCGAUUAGAGAUCAAAGUAAAAAGAUCCAUUAUUCUUCAUUUUGUGUUAAAAGAUAUUUACAUAAAUCUGAAACAAAUAAUAAUGAAUUGCCUAAAAUAUAAACUAAGAAUAAACCCUGCCCCGUUCCUCUACGAAACUAAAAACACGAAUGAUUUGCUGAAAGCAAAAUUCAACAUGAUAUCAUUGCUAGUCGUUUAAGAUUUGCUUCAAGC